UACAAGGGGGCGUGACCAAAAGGAAUUUCUGUACCGCGUGCGCCCUCGCGGAGUGUUUACCUCUGCAGUUUAAAACACUACGAUAAUAUUUCAGCUUAGAAAUGGAGACAUUUAACAUGCUGCUGUUGGAGUACCCUCAGCUAAUGUACGGCGGGGUUGGAGCUGCGGCGUUUAUUGCAGGCGGAUCGCUGCUCUACAAAAUAGCUUCCAGGAAGAAGCCUGCUUAUGCAAAUGUAAACUGCUGGUUCUGCAAUCAGAACACAGUGGUGCCUUAUGGAAACAGGAACUGCUGGGAUUGUCCCAACUGUGACCAGUACAAUGGCUUCCAAGAGAAUGGAGAUUACAACAAACCCAUCCCAGCUCAGUACAUGGAGCAUCUUAACCACGGUGUAUCUGGAAGCGUUCCUUCAUCUGAGACACCGAAGACUCUGCAGUGGGUUAACUGUCAAAUGCUGCUGUGCAGGAAGUGCAACAAUAACCAGACUGUGAAAAUCAAGCAGUUGGCUUCAUAUGUUCCCAGAGAUGACGACAAUUACGAUGAGGAAAUCGAAGCCUACAAGCAUCACCUGGAGCAGACUUUUAAAUUAUGCAGACCAUGUCAGACUGCGGUGGAAUAUUACAUAAAAUAUCAAAACCGCCAGCUUCGCACGAGGCUCCUAACCCACCAGCUCCGGCGCUCCCGAGAAUCAGACUCGGGGUUUGUGAAGAGCUCCCAUUCUCUGUCCUCACCCACCGGAGUCGUACUGUUACGGGCCCUGGCCUUCCUGAUUUGUGCUUUCCUUCUCACUACGUUUGUCUAUAAAUUGCCAGAACAGCCUCUUUCUCCAAAUGGGCCUCAGACCUUAAGUGGGGGCGUUGUUCCUCCAAAGCCAAAAUCAAGCAAUGAGUCCGCCGCCAGCAACGCCACAGGUUUGCCUGUGUGGCAGGGUCUGCUGGACGUCAUCCCAGAAAAGGCAGUUGAGAACGCCAAGCUAGUCUGGCAGCACGGCAGGGACAACCAGCUGGCGAUAGUGUCCGUGGGCCUGAUAACUUGUCUCACGGCUAUUUUCUUAGCCGGACCGAUGCGGUUGAGGAGAAUCGACGCUAUAGCCUCUGUCCUGUGGUUUGUCGUCUUGUGCCUCUGCCUGGCUGAGAGCUACUUGACCGAUAUGCCGAGCUGGAUGAACUCAGUGAUGCUUGUUAGCACCUCCCUCUGUUGCCUCGUCAGCCUCGCUGCCGCCGCCGCGACUCACAAGCCACUGGGUCAACGAAGAGCCAGAUAUCGAAGAUACCUUUCAGGCAGCUCUGCAGUCCCACCCUUCAGCAGCCAGCCUCCUCCCUUUCACCCAACCGACAUGGCAGACAACUUCAUCCUCACUCCACCCCCCAACAUUUCUGAGCUUAUCAGCCGCCAGCACGGUCCUCGCGAGCGCAAAGCUUCCCCCUCCACUCUGCCCGGACGCCUCAGCAGAGCCCUCUGCCUCGGGACGGUCCCCUCCCUCACAAGGACAGGUUCUGGCUAUCUUUUUAGUGGUAGUAGACCUGGCUCACAAUACAAAGACUCACAAUCAUCAGAUCACUUUUCUCUGAAGUCCGGGAGCCGCCCAUCGUCCCCGGCCCCCUCUCCUACGCCUUCAGUGGCCGGGUCGGUCACGUCCAGUUCUGGCUCGGCCAGGCAGCGCCGUCCCCUCAUCAGUCCGGCUCGCCUCAACAUCACCGGCCAGAAGCUCCGUCUUUUUUCCAGCGAAGCAUAUCCAAAACUCGUUUCUCCACCUUUGUCCUCGUUUCCUUUUUGCGUAGAGCCGACACCUUCAAUUUACAGCGGCUGCUUCUCACGAGACGUCUCUCCUUUCCAAAGCCAGAACGAUUUAAGUUGCUUACUGAGAGAUGGAAGUGUGAUAGAAGAAGAGGAGAAACAAAGCAGCUCCUCAGCGUCCUCCGCCUGCCAGGUUGGAACAACAACACAAAGUCCUGAGAGCUUCUCUCCUCAAAAAGGUUUUGUGAAACAUUUGAUCUUACCCUCGGUUUUAUUGACGAGCCUGACUGCCAACCUGUUGUUCGGCUGCUUCUAUCUCUACCACAACUGGGGCUGAAGCCUCAGCGAGUCUCCUGCUGGUUUUCUCAUGAACUGAACAGAGAGACUAAGCCUCUGGACCUUUUUUUUAUGUCUCUGGCCUCCAAUACCAGAAACCUCCCCCUUUGCCCCACCAUCUGCUGGCGUUUGACUUAAAAACACAGCAGAUUUCAGCAGACACGUUUCAGUUCGAGUAAGACCUCCUGUUUUGUCUAGAUUGAAAUAAGCUCCAUGCACGAUUGAGCCGAUGCCGAUUCGUCGCCGAGGGGUCACAUGUAGCCUGCUGGCAGUGAUCGUGAUUGGGUGCCUUUCAUUAGCAGAAAAUCUUUUCUGGUUCUCUGUCAAAAUGAAGGGGCACGCUUUGUUCCUGAGAUGAAACGUGUUCUGUUUUGAAAUGUAAAGAUAUGUGGUGUUGAUGUGUAUUGUCGUGUACAUUCAGCUGCGAAACGGUUCACUGGCGCUCUGUUGUUACCUUCGCCUGAUGCAAAGGUUACAUUUAUUCACUACUGAAAAGGUUCUCAUAAAAUAAAGUAUCUUUGUUUAUAUUUAUUUAUCCAGUCAACCAUUAGCUCCAUCAAGAAGAAUAUCUUUUUUAUUAUUAGUAGUAUUUAGUCAUUGCAAGUUUGCUUGGACUGUUUGAGUUAAAUAUUUAAUUCUUGGACUAUGUGGGUUUAAAAUCGUGUAACGUGAGUGCAGGUGUUUUGGUACGCUUAGUGUGAAUGUUGAUUUGAUGUAAGUUACACUUGUGAAAAUUGUAUAGGACUUUUUUGGUGUACAUCGGGACUAUUUUAGUUUUAUUUUAUUUUUUUGCCGUGACUUUUUUUUUCUUAGACAAAUGAUGCUAAUUAGAAUUUUUAAUUCACCUUUUUUUAAGUGAUUUGUAGCAAUGAAAAAAAACAAAAAGCUACUGUAAGGUCUCUGAAUGACUGUUUAAUGACAGAUGCACGAGGCUCUCAUUAGGCAGCCUUUAGGUUUUCAACACACUGUACACUGAACAUACCUACGCAUUUGUACUUGAAGUGUGACGGGCUUACGUUUGAAAUCAUGUUUGAACAGAAAUGAUCUUUUCUACUCCAACAAGAUUAACCUCACAGAGGAAAAAAACAAACAUUUUUAUUUGUUUCAAAAAGAUUUUUUCUAAUCGGUAAAAUGAACACAGUGCAUGUUUGUUUUCUUUGGACUUCACUAGUGCUAAAUCAGAGAUAUUGAUGAGAUGAAGUUGUCUGUUUACAUCAGUGGUUUGAAGGUUUGUGGUUCUGCUGUUCAGCUGAAUGUGUUACUCUCUGGUAUAAUAUUCAUCUGUACCAGUGCUAUUUUUAAAUAAAUGUAUUUUUUGUAACUCGA